AGUCCUCCAAAGGGACCUUCUAGGCUGCGCGCCGGUCACCCCCGAUCGGGUCCGCCCGCCCGCAGCGUCUCGUCUGUGCUACCGGUGACCUCUGACCCCGCCGCCACGGGGCGGGGAGGCCUUAGCUCCGGGCGGGCGGCGGCUGCUGCAGCGGGACCCGGGAGCGGGGCCCGGCGCCGCCCGGGCCGCGGGGCGAUGUGAGCCCCAGGUGUGUCCCAGGGAGAUCCAGGUGACUUCUCUGCAGACUGCUUGCCAUGACACCCCACCAAGAACAGGGGGAAUAAAGUGGGGGUCCUUCCCCAUGCCCCUCCCAUGGUCAGCUCCCCGAUGGCCUGGGUGAGGGCGGGCCGGCUGCUCUGACACCAUGGGGAGCUGCUGCAGCUGCCUGAACAGAGACAGCAUCCCAGACAACCACCCCAGCAAGUUCAAGGUGACGAAUGUGGAUGAUGAGGGGGUGGAGCUGGGCUCCGGAGUGAUGGAGCUGACGCAGAGCGAGCUGGUGCUGCACCUGCAUCGGCGCGAGGCUGUCCGCUGGCCUUACCUCUGCCUGCGGCGCUAUGGCUACGACUCCAACCUCUUCUCUUUUGAGAGUGGCCGCCGGUGUCAGACUGGCCAGGGGAUAUUUGCAUUUAAGUGUUCCCGGGCCGAGGAAAUCUUCAAUCUCCUCCAGGAUCUGAUGCAGUGCAACAGCAUCAAUGUGAUGGAAGAGCCAGUCAUCAUCACCCGCAACAGCCACCCGGCUGAGCUCGACCUCCCUCGGGCCCCCCAGCCUCCCAGUGCUCUAGGCUACACCGUCUCCAGCUUCUCCAAUGGCUUCCCUGGCUGCCCGGGAGAGGGUCUGCGAUUCUCAGUGCCCCGGCGCCCCUCGACAAGCAGCCUGCAACACCCCUCGUUUGGGGAGGAGGCCACCCAUGCCCUCAUUGCUCCCGAUGAGCAGUCCCACACCUACGUCAACACGCCAGCCAGUGAGGAUGAGCGCCGCAGGAGCCGGCACUGCCUGCAGCCCCUGCCUGAGGGCCGGGCGCCCCUUGCCCCGCAGGCCCGGGGCCCCGAACAGCGGGACCCGCAGGUGUUCCUGCAGCCGGGCCAAGUGAAGUUCGUGUUGGGCCCCACCCCGGCUCGGCGGCACAUGACCAAGUGCCAAGGCCUCUGCCCCAGCCUGCAUCACCCGCUCCACCACGACAAUAACAACGAGGGCCCUUCCGAGUGCCCAGCCCGGCCCAAGUGCACCUACGAGAACGUCAGUGGGGGGCUGCGGCUGGGGGCAGGCUGGAGACUGAGCCCGGAGGAGCCGGGCUGGAAUGGCCUCGCCCAGCGCCGGGCCGCGCUGCUGCACUACGAGAACCUGCCCUCCCUGCCCCCCGUGUGGGAGAGCCAGGCCCAGCAGCUGGGGGAGGAGGCCGGGGAUGACGGGGACUCGAGGGACGGGCUUACACCCUCCUCCAACGGCUUCCCUGAAGGCGAGGAGGACGAGACCCCACUGCAGAAGCCCACCAGCACCCGGGCUGCCCUCCGCAGCCACGGCAGCUUUCCUGUGCCGCUGACCCGCCACCGAGGCUCCCCGAGGGUCUUCAACUUUGAUUUCCGCCGGCCGGGCCCCGAGCCCCCCAGGCAGCUCAACUACAUCCAGGUGGAGCUGAAGGGCUGGGGUGGAGACCGCCCCAAGGGGUCCCAGAACCCCUCAGCCCCCCGAGCCCCUGUGCCCACCACGCACCCUGCCCGCAGCUCAGACUCCUAUGCUGUGAUUGACCUCAAAAAGACCGUGGCCAUGUCCAACCUGCAGAGGGCUCUGCCCCGCGACGACGGCACAGCCAGGAAAACCCGGCACAACAGCACCGACCUGCCUCUGUAGGGACGUCCCUCCACCCGCCUGGCAGCCUCCGCCUCCCGCUCCUGUGCUCCGAACCCGCACGCCCGGGGUUGGGGUUGCUUCGCAGAAGGGCCUGCACUGGCCGGAGUCCCCAAAGGUAUCAGCCACUGAGUCUCCCGGUCUCCUCUCCGAGUCGGGGGACAGAAGAGGGUGACCAGGUGAGGAGGGAGCCGCGACGUAAACUGUGAAGGGCCCCGUGAUUGCAUUUCGCACCCUCUCGUUAUGUCAUCUGUCUCGUCUGUCGUCUGUGUGUUUUUUUGGUUGAAAUUUGGAAACAUUUUGUACCUGUUGAUUUUAUUUAUCAGUUUAUUUUUCUAUUUAUUGUUUUAAAUGUAAUUUAACAUAUUUAUUAUUAAUAUAAUUAUUUUUAAAUUCUGA